CCGAUAAUUGAUGUCAAAGGACGCAGUGCUGUGCUCCGUCGUUGCUCCGUCCGUUCCGCCCAGACAUCGCCGCCUCCGUAGGAGCCCCCGUACAAUCCGCAUCCUCCCGGACGACAAACAUGCCCAAAGAGGAUCCAUUCGUGAAUCGCGCCCAGCUGCUGAAGGCCAUCAAGAAGUACCCGGAGAUAUGGGACUCCAACAACAAGCUGCACAUGUGCCGUAGCGUCACGUCGCCCAUGUGGACGGAGAUCGCCGAGCAGUUCGGCGGCCAUGUACCGACAGUUAAGCUCCAGUCGAUCUGGAGCCAGAUGAAGUACCACUACCACAACCUGGUACACCGCCAGAUCCUGCACAAGGAGCGCUUCAACACCAAGUGGGAGCACUUCGAUCCCAUGUCCUUCAUGUACAACAUCACCGUGGCCAAGAUCGUGGGCGCCCAGGCCAGCGGCAGUGCCUCCGAUCCGCCCCCAACCGCCGACCAGCCGCUCCAACUGGCCGUCUCCCCGCCGGCGCUAUCCAACCCAGCCCCCAUAGCACAGCCGACUGCAGCGCCGCCGCCGCCGCUGCCCAGUGCAUCCCAUGGACGUGGACGUCCGAGCGGCAGCCUCAGCUGGUUGCACUCCCCCGUGCCGCCGCACUCGCCUGUGCCACAGUCGCCGCACCACCUGAUGGGACAGCCGGCGCAGGCGCCACCGCCGCCGCUGCCUGGCCACGGCCUGUCGUACACCGCCUUCACUGGGCUCCUGCCCCCCGCUGCCGCUCCAGCGCAGCCCCCGGUCGCUCCACCGCGAAAGCUGGGCCGCCCCAGCUCGCUGCACAACAGCAUGCGGAGCCGCAUCAUCGACGCCAUCAAGGCCCGUCCCUCGCUCUGGGCCGGGCGGCAGCGGAGCGAAAAGGGCCAGGGCCAGAGCCGCACCUCGGCCGUGUGGAAGGAGGCGGCCAUCGAAAUGGGACUAACGCCAACUCUCAUGCAGACCCGCUGGUCGAUCAUCAAGCAGCGGUACGUGGACGAACUGCAGAAGGAGCGUUACACCCAGUACUCGCAUCAGGGAUUCCGCUCCAACUGGGAGCACUUCGAGCGCAUGUCCUUCAUGCGCGACAUCCUGCUGAAGAAGGUGGACGAGCGGGAGCAGACGCGCGAGCAUAUCCAGGAGAUAGUCAGCGAGCAGCAGCAGCACCACCAGCACCAACAGGUGGGACAGCAUCUACAGCACUACCGACCGCCGCCGGGCCUGCUUGGGCUCGCCGAGCAUGCGCAGGACAUGCCCAUCGGGCUGGUCCAGCACCAGAUGCCCCACCUCGAGGGGGUGCACGUGCACCCAUCGCUGGCCAUGCACCCCCAGCAUCCGCAGGCCAUCCUAGCUGCCGGCGCCCGUCGCCGGGUCAAGCACGAGUCCGACCUGGAGUGGGACCCAUUCGAGAUGAUCCUACAUGUCCAUGGCACGGGCGAGCCGGCCGCCAACUGAACCCAAGACUGAGAGCCCAGCCCAGGAGCCAAACGGGAGAGACACAGACAGACAGACAGCCUAUGUCUAAAAAGAAUAAUCGCCAGAUGUAAAACCAUCAACUACAACUACUAGUACACCCCCAACACUACGCAAGCAAUACUCAUACAAUCCAUUACCAACCACUCUCACUUUUUUUUUACUACUCUGCAAUCGAAAAUACAUCACUUAGUGUACACGCAAAUCGAA